AUGCCUGAGACUAUUCUGCCCAGGGUUGUGAGGUGUAUAAAAGAUAGGAGAAGACAACAUCGGCAUAGAUUACCAAAUUCAAGUUUGAAAAAAAUACCGACGCAUAAGUAUACAAAAGGUGAUCCUUAUGAAACCUGUGCGAUUUGUCUCGAUGAUUAUACUGAAGGUGAAAAACUGCGUGUGUUACCUUGCGCCCAUGCUUAUCACACGAAAUGCAUUGACCCUUGGCUGACAAAAAACAAACGUGUUUGCCCGGUCUGCAAACGCAAAGUUUUUGCUGCUGAUGAGACGGUUGUGACGGAUAGCGGGAGUGAUUCGGAUGGUGAUGACUCAACGCCACUCAUCAGAGAUGGACUUCAAGGCACACAAGGAGGAACAUUUACACUCCAAAGGGAGAAUCCAUUUACUCGGGCCCGGCGAACGCUAUCCCGCCGAGAUUCAAGCGCAUCAAAUGCCAGCGAAGAUAUGCCACCCUAUCUGAAUCAGUGCUUAGGAUGGGAGCAAAAUCAAGAGCGACGUGAAUCUAAUACAUCCGAUAGUUCAACGGAUUCAUUCAGAUCAUUGUUCGCAUCCGGCGUGAGCCGAAACACCUACGAAGUGAAUACUCCUGGAACCGCAGGGUUUUUAGUGUCUGACAGUCACAGCAUUAAUGCUUGGGGUCGCCUGCCUCUGGAGAGCUGAACCUCUACUUCAUUAGUCUAUCCUCUUUGGAAAUGACGUUGACGGUUACUGCCAACUUGGGGACGAAAAACUAAGGCUGAGAUAAUCUCAGUACGGAAAAUGAGAAGUGAAACGGCUUGUUAUGCACGUAUCUUUGUAAAUAUUCAUUAAAAAAAAGGGAUGGCAUAAAUGGGAAGCGCAUAUGCGAUUUAUAUUAUAAAACUAAGGUCAGUUUUCACGUAAUAUGUCGGGUUUAAAUUUUUAUUAAAUAACUUGCAUCAAGAGGUAGUGGAGGGAGUAGUUGCUUCGUGUAUAGAUACGCGGUAGCACUCGGCCUGGUUUGAAUGAGGAAUGAGACUCGAAAUAGUUACUUGGCUAAUACGUUACCGCGUAUCUCGACUAUGAAGGCGAUCGUAUGGCAACGAGAUAGUUACCUCUUGAAUUUUUAUUUUUCCGAAUAAAUGAGAAUAUUUUCAUA